AUGAUUUGUGAUAAAAUUGACAGACAGAGAAGAAAUCUAAAAUUGAGAAAGCAAGGAUUACUUGCUGGAAAUGGAGAUUCAACACCCAAGCCAAAGAAUCCACCAAAGAAAGAACUUAUGAUUCCAUCCUAUAUCUAUGUAUGCGUUUAUUGCGAUGAAAACAAUAAAUGGAAAGAUCAAAAAGAGGAAGCAUUAAAGGAAGGCAUUGGCUACAUUCGUGAGGGAGUUGGAUCAAUGUGCUAUAAAUGCCGUAACAUUGUGAUGCCAAAGACAAUCAUUCCUACCAGACCUAUGAAUAGAAGAGGUAAAUCGGAAAAGACUCAUAGCUGUCAGGUUUGUAAUGGUCACACUCCAUGUCCACUCAAAGCAAGCAUUGGCACCAAAGAUGUUGAUAAAGCAAGACUACAUCAAACCAGUCACGUUAAAAACAUCAAUACAGAUGUUGCCAAUUCUAGAGAUCUCUUGGAUAUACUCGAUGAUGAGGAUGCACAAGAACUCUACCUCAAUACAACGACACAACAGCUGAUUGCUGAUCAACAACAAACUGUAGACCCAACUCUACAUGAAUAG